AAUUCCAACUCACAUGAACAGCCGACGACUCAACUCUACUAAGUUUCAUCACACACACUCGUACAUAUGUGUGUCUAAUUUACGUGGAUGGUCAUUUAAUGGAUGAAAUAAAUGAUGCCCUACCUCUGCUUGCAGUUGCAGGAUUAGGUAUUAUCGCUACAAGAAAUGACCAUGACCACUCUGCUUUUGUCCUCCCCCGCAUACACAGACACUCGACUCCAACUGGUUCCGAGAGAGACUCCAUUAAUUGUCUCUUGUCUCACCCAUUUCCUCUAUUUCCCUAUAAAUCUCCCCCCUCCCCAAUAUGACCCCUUUGUACCUCAUUCCUCUUUCCUCUCAUCAUCCACAUCUGAGAGCAUACUUUGUCUGCCCAUUAAUUUCCUGAAAAAAAACCAAAUAUAUUCGUUACCCCAGAAAAGAUCCUUACUUUCCCGGAAAGACAAAGCCAUCCUUCCUUGUCCUCGUCAUAUUUAGAAUAAGAUAGACACACUGUUAUCUCAUUCGGAUCUCCCCCACAUACAUAAUCUUGGACACCCCAAUGGAAGUAACGAAUGUCAUGGUGGUGGCGGCCGCAUUGGUGGCUGCCUACUUGUUGUGGUUCAUGAGUAUCUCACGGAAUCUAAAGGGUCCACGUGUCUGGCCCUUACUGGGCAGCCUCUCGGGGCUGAUCCAGAACCGUGAGCGGAUGCACGACUGGAUCACCGAGAACCUCCGGGCGUGUGGCGGCACCUACCAGACCUGCAUUUGCGCCCUUCCUUUCUUGGCUCGGAAGCAAGGCCUCGUGACUGUCACGUGCGACCCCAAGAACAUCGAGCACAUUCUCAAGACUCGCUUCCACAACUACCCCAAAGGCCCCACUUGGCAAGCCGUCUUCCACGACCUCCUCGGCCAUGGCAUCUUCAACUCCGACGGCGACACCUGGCUCUUCCAGCGUAAAACCGCCGCUCUCGAGUUCACCACCAGAACGCUGAAGCAAGCCAUGGGUCGGUGGGUAAACCGGGGAAUUAAAAACCGGUUCUGCCCGAUACUGGAAGCGGCUCAGGCUAAAGCCGAGACGGUUGAUCUCCAGGAUUUGUUCCUGCGGCUCACUUUCGACAACGUUUGCGGCUUAGCCUUCGGUCGGGAGACCCAGACCUGCUCGCAUGGCCUUCCCGCUAACGCCUUCGCAUCGGCCUUCGACUGCGCCACCCAAGCCUCUCUUCAACGCUUCAUUCUGCCUGAGUUCCUAUGGAGGCUCAAGAAAUGGCUCCGGCUCGGCUUGGAACUCAGCUUGAGCCGAAGCCUCCUCCAGAUCGACGGCUAUAUGGCUGACGUCAUCACCGCACGUAAGCAGGAGCUAAUGCUGAGUCAGCGCCAGAGCCACGACGAUCUCCUCUCUCGUUUCAUGAAGCGCAAAGAUGACUCCUUCAACGAGAGGUUCCUGCAGCAAGUGGCUGUCAACUUCAUCCUCGCAGGACGUGACACGUCAUCGGUGGCGCUGAGCUGGUUCUUCUGGCUCAUCACCAAGCAUCCGACGGUCGAGGACAAGAUCAUGAGGGAGAUCUGCUCCGUCCUGAUCGAGACACGUGGCAGUGACGUCUCAUCGUGGACAGAGGAGCCGCUAGGGUUUGACGAGGUGGAUCGCUUGGUGUACCUGAAGGCGGCGCUAUCGGAGACGCUGAGGCUGUACCCGUCGGUGCCGGAGGACUCAAAGCAUGUAGUGAACGACGAUGUUUUGCCGGACGGAACCUUUGUACCGGCGGGAUCGUCGGUGACGUACUCGAUCUACGCGAUCGGGAGGACGAAGGCGGCGUGGGGAGAGGAUUGCCUGGAAUUCAAGCCGGAGAGGUGGAUGGAGGGAGGGAAAUUCAUAAACCACGACCAGUAUAGGUUCGUGGCGUUCAACGCAGGGCCAAGGACAUGCCUGGGGAAGGACAUGGCGUACCUGCAGAUGAAAUCGAUAGCGGCGGCGUUGAUGCUACGCCACCGGGUGACGCUGGUGCCGAACCAUAAGGUGGAGCAGAAGAUGUCGCUGACGCUUUUCAUGAAGAACGGCCUUCGCGUUCACCUCCACAGGAGGGAACUUGGAGAGAUCGUCCGAAGUGUUAUGGCGGGGAGAGACGCCAUUACCGGUGAUGGCGUCCGCGCUUAAUCCCAGUAUUGGCUCGCUCUUUCUUUCCGACGGUUGGUUGCCUCUUCUUACUCGUAAUUUUGCGUUUCAGUUGGUGAUAUAGUUAUUAUAUUCUGGUGGUUCGGUUUAAAGGAAAAACAAGGGAAAAGUAAGCUUAUGGUCCAAAUAUUUUUAAUUUUUUGGUAUACGCAAAAUAAAUAGUGUUUACUUGUAGCUUAUUGGAUGGGAAAUGCUCAUUGCAAUGUAUCUUGUAAUGUCUGGGUAAUAUACAUAUCUAUUACCAUAUGUAUACAAGCGCAGUAUGUACACUGAGAAAUAUCAAGCAAGAGUUUUGAGAGUUUCUUUUU